AUGACUAAUCAUCUUGUUUCUUCUUUAAACUCUGUUAUUGAAGAUUUUGAUGCUAAUGAUAUUAACUUUCUGAUAAAUAAUAAAGAUAUUUAUUUAGAGGAGGAAAGCUAUACUGAUAUUGAAAUAGAAGAAUGCUGGAAAAGAAAAAUUACUGUAUAUGAAUACUCUUUUAAUAAAUGGCAUUUAGCUAUUAAAAGAAGAAAUCAAUAUGAAGAUGACAGAUAUGAAUUUACAGAAGAUAGA